UGCUUCACUUCUCGGAAAAGCUCACCUGGAUUUCUUCGUGGAAUAAAAUGUACCAGCUCACAUAAAGUUGAUCUUUGACGCUAGGGAACUAUCUUAAAGUAGGAUAACUUUCACUUAUUUCGAUCGAGGCAGCUAUGUCAAAGAAGCCAGGUAGCCGGAAGAACAAGGCAGCGAUGGAACUCUUCACCAUCGUCUGCAAAAACGGUGGAGUUAUGGAUUUAGAACAAGCAGUAUCUGCUCUUAGACGUCAAAAUUAUGAAGAAAUUAACCGUCAUAGAGGAGCGGCAAAGUUUAUCGAGACAUACUUUUCGAAGAUUCUCAAAGUUCAGAGAGAUCAGACGCGUACCUUCGUGGAAGCCAUUAUUCCACUUGCUUUCUGUCAAGACGCUGCCAAGGGGAGCUGUCCCAGAGGACGUCAGUGUACGAAUUUGCAUUUAUGUCCUCAUAACAUCAAGGGAACGUGCAAAUUUAAAGAAAAAUGCCGUCUUUCUCACAAUAUCAGGGGUGAGCAUACAAUGUCCUUGCUGCAAGCCAUCGAACUUGGUGAGAUAGAUGAUUCACUAUGGCGCGAACUUCUUCAAAAGAUUUUAGCUGACACAGAAAUUGAACGCGGCGCAGCAAGCCAUGCAGUUCCCAAUAUAUGCAAGUUCUACAACAACGAAGGAGGGUGCACUAAAAAUGAAAAAUGUCCAUUUUUGCACGUGUGCCGCCACUUUGUAGAUGGUGAUUGCAAAUUUGGAUUUGAGUGCAAGAGAAUUCAUUACCUCACAAGGGAUUCUCAUAACAACGAAAUCUUAAAAAAAUUUGGCAUGGGAAAUUUGCCACUACAGCAUCUUUUAACUCUUUUGAAGAGAGGAGAAAGAAAGCGGACCUCCAGUUCAAGCUCGGAUUCUUCUCUUCAUUCAGGCGACAGCCUCUUGUCACCACACGCCAAGUCACACCCAAAGACCCCAUUGAUGAUGGCGCCAACAUUUCCAGCAAUUCAGCCCCCAACUGCAUCUGUCAACCACCAAGGCAAAGAAAUAUGUGGUUUCCACCUAAAAGGGAAAUGCAACUACGGUGAAAAGUGUUUAAAUCUGCACAGAGAUCUUCCAUACCAAUGGCAAUACCAGGAAUAUUCCAGCAACUGGCUGGACUUUCCUGAGGAUUCAARUAUAAUGGCCGAAGACCAUUAUUGUAGCUUGAGUUCCACAGUGAAACCCUUUUACAUCAGUGGUAAACCUUACCAAGUUUGUUUUGAUGAAAUGGUGGCAGAUCCUCUUAUGGGACAGCCUAAGCUUAAAUUGAGGAGAGUAUCAACACAGUCUUCAGAAGAAGCACCACCAGGCCAUAUAUUCAGUACUCAUUGGUUUUGGUAUUGGAAAGAUGAACAUGAUGACUGGCUGUCAUAUGAUUCACCAGGAAGUGGGAUUGAAGCCAACACAACAUGCAGCAAGUCAUUGGAAAAAGACUAUCUGCAAGGAAAGGAAAGUCACAGUUUCAGUGCUGGAAGACAUAGUUAUAUCCUCUACUACAAGAAAAUGUUCCAGCGAAAUGUCAAGUUCUUAACAGAAAGAGGUGUCAUGAGAAGACCAGAGUUUGUUGCAAAAGACAAAAUGAAGGAAAUUGCCCAAAGGCGACGCGAAGCUCUAAAGGAGAAACUGAGGAAUCGAAGUUCCAGUACCUCAUCCCUUACAUCAAGCUCUGAGAGUAGUUUACCCCCACACUGGUCUCCUAUGGAAGAAAAGGGAGACUUUUGCCUGGAAUCCUUGUCUGUAACCUCACAGGAAUACAAUGAUGCAGAGCGGAAAUUCCAGGAAACAAUGAUAACACCAAAAACUAUAGUUACAAUUGAAAGGAUACAGAAUCCUGAUUUAUGGAUUGCUUUUGUUCAGAAGAAAGGAAGAAUGACGUCCAAGGCUUCGGGAACACCUCCAGCCGAACGAACACAGUUGUUCCAUGGAACAACUUCUGACGUCCGCAAUGCAAUAUGCCAGCAGGGAUUCGAUUGGCGCAUGUGUGGUAAACAUGGUACACUUUACGGAAAAGGAAGCUACUUUGCCUGCCAAGCAAGCUACUCCCAUCGUUACACUAAACAGCAUGACGGCAGCCUGCGUUAUAUGUUCGUGGCUAGAGUAUUAGUUGGGGCCUAUGCCUUGGGGAAUCGAGAUUUGACCAGACCGCCCCCAAAAGAUCCCAGCAAUCCUCACGGGGAAUUGUUCGAUUCGUGCGUCAACGAUGUGGUUAUUCCAAGUAUUUUUGUGAUUUUUGAGAACAGCCAGGCCUAUCCUGAGUAUCUGAUUACGUACAAAUAGUAAGGGAAUUGGGAGGCUAAGGAUGCAUGGGAACCUCCAUCCCGCCAUCAAAAGGAUUUAUGCUUCAUGCAUGGAGCAGAUUUUAUAUUAAUGUGGUAGAACGACGGCACUUUCACACAACCUCACUAUUAAUUAAUACCGCGACAGUGUUGUACUCCGGACAUAGUCCUGGCUUUUACAGAGUCAACCGUCGUUCCUUAGCACAGUGAUACAAAUUCUACUCGUUUGGAAAAAACAAAAAACAAACAAACCAAAAAAGAAAAAAGAAAAGAAAAAAUUCACGCUAAAAUAGAAGAGGGAUGAAAUUCAAACCAAAACUACCUCAUCAACAAACUCGAAUAUUUGACAAAAAAGAAAAAGAAAGAAAGAAUACAUUAAUAAAUAAAUAAAAAAKAAAAAAAAGAAAACGGACAAAAGAAAAGACAAAUAGAACGAAAAAAUAAAAUAUUUCAACACAGUAAUGGUAAUACAAGAAUAGAAUAAAGUAAGAAAGUUAGUAUAGAAUCACCGCCACGAGAAACCCUAGAGAAAAAAUAGAGUCGUGUGCUUUCAUUUUGAACAUAUUUAUACUUGGGGAAGCGUCCAAAGAUAUUUUCCAUUUUGAUAUGAGCUUUACUGGUUUAUAGUGAUGUAGGAUAUGUGAGGAUUUAUUAAUAAAACUGCUGAUGCCA